AUGAAACGUUCAAGGUUCGAUACUGUUAGCUUUAAAAAAUAUAUACCUUUACAUAAACUCGACAAUUUCGAUUUUACCGAUUCUAAGGUGAUCGGUCGAGGAGGAUUUGGAGUUGUGGUUAAAUCAAAAUGGAAGGAUGCUUUGGAAAAACCAAUUGCAAUCAAGAAAAACAAAGAUAAAGAAAUUAUUAGAAAUGAGUUAAAAACCUUGUACAUGGUUUAUUUUGGUCUAUCUUUUGGUCUAUCAAAACGAAGAGGUGAAAAUAGAAGGACGCUUAUCGCAGAUUUUGGUCUAUCAAAACGAAGAGGCGAAACAACUGAUAGUUGCUGCGGAGUGCCGGAAUACAUGGAUCCUAGAUGUUUUUAUAAUCCUUCCGAAUAUGACCAAAAAUCUGACAUGUAUAGCCUCGGCAUGAUCCUCUGGGAGAUCUCGAGUUGCAGACCACCGUUCCAACAUUUGGACAAAAAGGCCGUUAUAUUACAUAUAUUAAAUGGAAAUAAAGAAAUACCUGUGGAAGGUACACCAUUCCAAUAUGUUCAACUCUACCAAGAUUGCUGGGGUGACCCCAAAAACCGCCCUGAUGCCAAAUCAGCCCUCAAGAUCCUAUGCAUUAUUUCUAAUCAAUCAAAACGGGAGCUGUUGUGUAUUGCGUGA